AUGGCAACCGUUGAGCAUUGUCUCCUUUGUUUCGAGGCUCUCGACGCCGAGCUCAACAACAGAAAGCCGCUCUCCCUUGAGGAGAUCCAGUCCUCGUGGGCCGAAUACAAGGCCAGCAGCUCCGCUUCCGCUUCGGCUGCCGCGUCCGGCCCCUCUGACGCUGCUCCCUUGAAUCCCGCCCUCCGGCGUCUCGCUGCCGAAACCGCCUCGUCUUCCUCUUCAUCGUCGUCUUCCUCCUCGACAUCGCUCUCGGCAGCAGCGGCUUCUACUGCGGCGACAUCCACAUCCUCUCUGCCCGACGCCCCGCCAACAGCGGCUCCCCUCUUCGUCACCUGGAACACCGUCGACCCGGUGGACGGCGAGGUCUCCUUGCGCGGCUGCAUCGGCACCUUUGAAUCCCAGCCGCUGGCCGAAGGCAUCCCCGAGUACGCCCUCAUCUCCGCCCUGCAGGACACGCGGUUCCGCCCCAUCUCCAAGCGCGAGCUGCCGACGCUCCAGGCCGCCGUGACGCUGCUCACGGACUUUGAGGAGGCCGACGACGUGCACGACUGGGAGGUUGGCAAGCACGGCAUCCGCAUCUCGUUUUCCGAUCGCGGUCGCCGCUACGGCGCGACGUAUUUGCCAGAUGUGGCGCUGGAGCAGGGCUGGACAAAGGACGAGGCGCUCUUCAGCUUGAUUCGCAAGGCCGGGUGGAUGGGCAGUCGCUCCAAGUGGCAGGAUCUGGACAUCAAGUUGACGCGGUAUCAAGGCAGGAAAGUCAGCCUCAACUAUCCCGAGUAUAAGAAGUGGAGGGACUGGGUCGACAGCAGGCAGUAAUGGAAUGGCCCCCGUCUGCGGUGAUGCAGCUUGGCCGGGCGUUGUUAUAGACAAGGGAAAGACGACGUCAGUUUUUCUUUUUAUUUUUUGGUGUUUUAUUGGGCAUGGGCAAUAUUCUGGGAUCUAUCAGGGACGGUAAUGGAUGAUAUACACCAAACCUUGCGGCGCUUAUAGACGUGUGUCUUGCAAAGCAGAGUGGUGGAAGGUUUUGCAACUGGGAAUUUGUUUCUUUCUCAUCUUGAAACCAACUGAGUGUUUGACUCGGUGCUCGCACGAUCAAGGUUCCAGUGAUUCAGGUCUGAUGUUUCUAUUCGACAGAAAGCAUAGGUAUCUA